AUGUCCACAAAUCGUUCAGGACCCGGCAAAGGUGGUCGCAGCAGGAGGGAUAAGCGCUUGACUCGAGAGGCUAGGGAACUCAUUGAUAAAUCCAGUCUGGAGAUGUUCAGGGCAUCAUCUUCAAACAGGGCCCCACCUGUCACUGAUGCUCUCGGAUCGCUGGCCCUGGAGAAAGGCGUUCUUCAGGGCCUGGAAUCAAUGGAUGUGAUGGGUCACGUCUGGUACAUGCGAAAUGGCUGUUGGUCCCUAUAUCUUUGA